UUCAGAGUAUUGUCUUUCGAGUAGUUCAUAUGGGAGGCAAAAAAUUUAUACAUACAUAUACACACACACACGCGCACACACACACACACACACACUUUAUAUAUAUAUAUAUAUAUAUAUGUGUGUGUGUGUGUGUGUGUGUGUGUGCGUGUGUAGUCAAAUUCAUCUUAACAUUCCAUGAAAUUAUUAUUUUAUCUUUAAUGAAUGAAGAAAUAUAUAUUAACUUUAAGUCUAAUAUUUAUUUUCACAAACAUCUGGUACUUAAACUGUUUUAUAUCUUUUAGAAACAUUCUUUGCUUGUUUUAGAUGGCUGUUACUAACUUAUUUAUAAUGACGUUAUAGUUCCAUUAUUUUAGCUCUAGUCUUGUGGAUGGAUGUCAUUUUUGAUUUGCACUGGCAUGUAAAUCACUUAUUCAGAAUAGCUUUAUGGACACAUUCUGUUGUAUCAGGUUAAAUGGAUUACAAAAAGUACUUAUGUGCUGGUUUUCCAAGCUUCUAAUCAUCACUUCAUCACAAGUACAGUUUUCUUCUAGAAAACAGACCGUCAGUUUAUGAAUGUCUUCUAAAACAACUUCUAAAGCUUCUAAAACAACAACAACAACACAAAAUUCUCUUUGUAAACAGAGUCAUCACGAAUAUCUUUGCAUGAUAUUCUACUGAAUAUGCUGAGAAGUCUUGUUUUUUCACAGGAAGUGCAGUAGCAGCUAUGAUUAAUGUAUUUCACUACAAACAUAGUAUGUCUACUCUUCACACAAAUGCUAAGCAUCAUGGUUUCAUUGUGAAUUAAUGUAUUUUCAUAACAAAUUCAGCCCUUCAAGUUUAAAUAAGAAGGGCCUUGUUUUGUGUUUUUGGGUUCUUACCUUUUGGUUUGCUGAUAAUUAUUCUUAUUUACUGUGUAUUUAUGAAGAUUUGGUUACCAAUGAGGUGUAAUCUUUUUGAUAUGGUCAAUCCUCAAGUCAUGUAUUGAUGAAGGCCAACUGGAAUCUAAUGCUGGAAUCUGUUGAUUUGUAUAUUUGGUGUUUAGUGAAUUGUGGUACAUUCCAAAAAUACGCAUAUGUAAUCAUGCAAUUAUUAAUAAAUGAUUGAUUAAAUCGUAUUUACUUUACUGUUCGUUACUAUUGUGUAUUUAAAGUUAAUAUUUAUGGUCUUAUUACAUUUUUUUUUAGGAACGUUCUAUUGUGUUUGUCUCCAAACGUAAAGGAACUUAAACAAACAUCCUCGAACAAUGUAGAAAUCAGCAGUAGUCAUGUUCGCGGGUGUUUGUUUCAUGUUCAAAAUUCUGUUUAGCUGUUGUUUUUGUACAGUCUGGCUGUCAAACAACAAGCCGUGACUUUGAACAACAUCGCGUUCUGAUCUCAUCAAACACCUGAAGCGAGAACGACCAAUCACAUAGAAGAACUCGUCACUAUGGAAACGCUGGACGCUAAAACAGGAAAGGGCAAAGCAGCGCUAAGGAACUCCAGGUGGUUUCAACACAUUAAUCAUCGUUUUGUUUCAAUUCUAUCAGAUCAGUUGGCUGGCAGUAGGAUGGCAGGUACAUCGCGGCAUGACCGAGAGAUGGCAAUCAGUGCCAAGAAGCAGCUGGCAAAUAGUUCAGACCCCAUUGAGCGUCUGAGGCUACAGUGUUUGGCACGAGGGUCUGCAGGAAUCAAGGGACUGGGCAGGACUUUUAGGAUCAUGGAUGAUGAUAACAGUCGCACACUGGACAUGAAAGAGUUCCUGAAAGGCCUGAGUGAUUAUGGUGUGCUCAUUGAGAAAGAAGAGGCUAUGAACCUUUUUCAACAGUUUGACAGAGACGGCAGUGGAUUAAUUGAUUUUGAUGAGUUUCUUAUCACCCUGAGGCCACCCAUGUCUAAUGCCAGAAAAGAGGUGGUGCUACAGGCAUUCAAAAAACUGGAUAAAACCGGAGAUGGUGUGAUUACAGUCGAGGAUCUGAAAGGAGUAUACAAUGUCCAACAUCACCCCAAAUACCGAAACGGCGAGUGGAGCGAAGACCAAGUAUUCCGCAAAUUCCUGGACAGCUUCGACUCUCCAGAUGACAAGGAUGGGAAGGUGACAAAAGAUGAAUUCUGGAACUAUUACAGUGGAGUCAGCGCUUCCAUUGACAACGAUGUAUAUUUUAUUUUAAUGAUGAAAACUGCAUGGAAGUUAUGAGGGGUUAUGCUUUUAAGCAAAUCGAUAAUGCUUGUGUAAUCAAAGCAAGUUUAGGGAUAUUAAUAAUGAAUCUGGAAAAUAAAAUAAUAGAUGUACUGUAGAAGCAUAAAUUGUGUGCUUUGUCAAUGGUAACUGAUUUUUAGAGUAAAUCGCUGCAACGUAUUUGUGCUGAAACCAGUGUGGUUUACUGUAUGUGAUACAUGAAAGUCUUGUAAUUCAGAUUUAUUUAUGCAUGUUACGGCAGAUGCUAUUUUCCAAAAUGCGACUCCUUUAA